UGCCCGGGCCCUCCAAAAGUCGGGCCCGACACAGACACACGGCGCGGGUGUUUUUCGGUCACAGUGCACCUGACUAGCCGCCCGAGCACUUCCGAAGUCGGGGCCGGCAGUCGUCGCCCAUAGUUUUUCUGGUUCGUUGAGAAGUGAAAGUCUGGACCGCAUUUAGAGCUGUCAGUGAGUGUCGUCUCACAUCACGACUUGUUUGAAUCGCAUGUGCAGUUCUCAGAGUCGACAAAUACAAAAACGACAGUAGUCGCGCAACAACAGCGUACUUAUACAUAGACCAACUCGUACGUAGACAGGGACUGUAUUUCUUUGAGCUCGUAAACGUCAAUCGACAAUCGUGAUGACUUUCUACGCCAGCAAUGCGAAUGCCUUUUCGUUUUCGUUUCGUCGCGCAACAGCAUGAACCAACGGAGCGCCUUAGCGGUAGUAGGACUAGGAGCAGGGUCGUCUCGUUAAGAUAGUCCCAUCAGAUCAUCCCUUUCGUAGUUGUCGAUCCAGAUCCUAGAGAUCAUGGAAAUUCGUGUGUGUCGUCUGCAAUCUAUGAAUUCGCGAAACCGAUCUUCUGGGGUCGUUCUAGUCGUUCGUCUUCGACGAGCCACGAUGGUCAAACCUGACGCAUGAGUAUUAUAGUCGUGACGAAGAAGAACAAGAAGAAGACAGAUGCCAUUUGCUCAGUGACGGAGAGUAGUUGUGUUUUAUUUCCGGCGUUGUUGUAAUUCUGGUGAUGGGUGAUGUAUAUGCUUCGGUGGGUUGAAGCCUCAGCCGUUUGUUUGAGAACGUUUGUUAGUAUCUAAAUUCAAUACUAGUCGAAGAAGAAAAAAAAAACAAGAUGGCGUCGCUGAAGAAAAAGAAAACUAAAAACAAAAUCCAUGGGUCAUGAACUCGGUGCUCUCAACAUUAUCAGACAGAUCAUUUGGCUUCAGCCUUCGGCUUCGCGGUAGUGCCUAAAAAGCAUCAAUACUUACAACCAUGACGCUACUUCUUGUGGACUGGCUGGUUGUAGGCGGUCUUGCCGGGUUGGCUGGACAUGGCGUCCAGGUCGAGUGCGCUGCGCACCCGGGGUCGUGUCCCAUUUACGAAAAUGCAGUGAAGCAAGCGGAGGCUUUGGUGCAUUACACCAGGCGGCUUUGGUACGGUUCCGAGUCUCGAGCGGUAUUGCACGACGGCCCCGACGUCGGGGACCUCUACGGUUGGACGUCGGCCCACUUUGCAGCCGAUUCGGUGCAGCAGUGCGAUCGGCUUGAUCGAAUUUUUUUCGCAGCAGUGAAGACAAACACAAACACGACACGAGUCACCGUGUGGAGGAACAAGGCAGAAGUGCGUCAAGACCGUGACCGAAAAAUAGCAUGGUUCACCUCCAGCACGACGAACUACAACACGACCAGGGGUGUUGGUGUGGACGAACAACCGCCAUCGACCGGCACGACAGCAGGGGAGAUCGGCAACGCAAAAGCGCUGGCUGCACGAUUCUGGAAAAAUUUUUUUCGUCAUGGAGCAACUUCAACCGCGCUUCCAGCAGACGUAGACGUACGGACAGGAGAGAAAGCCAAACAGAUCUUCCACGACGCCCCCUUUUCGAGGACCUGUCCGGUGAAUAUGUCCGAUGCAGAACACCACGUGGCAGAUCAUCUGCGAGAUGCUGCACCUACCAGGACAAGGAGAUCGACAAACCGAGCGGAGAAGAAUUCUCCAGUGCCCAUCAACAUAAACAGCUGCGCCUACGCUGACACUGUGACUGUCUUCGAAACCAACAAAAGAACUCGUCGAACAACCAGCAACGGCGUGUCCAGAAAACGCAGACCGAAGACUACCAGCUCGGCGUUAGUCCUUCGUGCGGAGCCUCCACACCAUAUCUACUCGCCAUCAUAUCCACACACUGUCCGGCCGACCCCGCCCAUCUGCCAUAUUCAUCGGAGUGAAGAGAUGAGUGGUCGUUUGGUUGUAUCUGGAGUGCCACAACAUCAACAAAAAAGCACAGGCGUGGAUGAACUGGGGCAGACAGCAAGUGGAUGGACAAGAAAAGGUGGCCGCGCGGCCAACUACUGGAAGUCAACCGCCUUGAUGCCCUACAGCUACAUUCAGGAGAACAGCUCUAUCUGCGCAGUGAUGACGGUUACUAUCCAUGUAAGUCAAUGCGGGAUGAUGAAAAUACGGAGGAGGCACGUCUUCAUGUGGCCCGAUGAAAAGCAGUUCCUUUGUUCCACACCCGCCGCUGUCGUGGAGAGGAUGCCGCAAGCAGUGUGCUGUCCUGACAUUGACAAUGAUCAGGAUUACGAGACGGCGCCUAGUAUAAUCCCACUGGCAGUUGUUGCGCUGACAGCUGUCCUUGCCGCUGGAGUGCUAUUUUUCACGGAACCUCAAAGGCGGGCAACCCGGAGGAGGUCUGUGUGUCGACAGCGACGCGGCGCGCAGCAGCAAGUGCAUUUCCGACCGAGAGCUUUCUUGCGAAAGAUCUGGAAAGCGGCGCAGGAGGAGCCAGCUACAACGAAAAUUCAAACGCAGUUUCGCGGGAAAAUGGCGAGGAAAGAGUUGGCAGACCGAUUGGACGCGAAGAUGGCCAGAGCAGCGGAAGAGGCGAAAAAGCAACAAGAAUCCGAUGCGGCGAUCCGGAUUCAGUCUAAAUUUCGCGGUGUCGUCACGCGGUUACUAGUACUGCCGAGAUUGCGUGCCGCGAAGCAGAAGAAAUUUCAGGACGCAAAGGAAGCGCAGGCCGCGAGGGCUUUGCAGAGCUGCUAUCGAGGAAAAUGCGCAAGAGAAACAGUCGCAAAAUUGAGAGAAGGAAAGGCAGAACUCGAACGACAAACACAAACCCUGGCCUCGGUGAAAAUCCAAUCGAUCUAUCGCGGCAAGAAGCAAAGAGGAGAAACAAAGCUAUUGCAACAGCAGAUCGCGGGGGCGAGGAAGGUUCAAGAGUACUGGAAGAGCGUUUUUUUCGUGCGCAAAGCGUUCCUCGACCAGAGAAAAGCAACCUUGCAGGUCCAGACACACUGGCGCAAGAUGCAGGCGGUGAAAGAGGUGAAGGAAAAGCGGAAGGAGCUUGUUGACCUCGUCAUCCCCACCACCAUCCGACUACAGGCUGCUUUUCGAGUCCAUCACGUGAAAAAGAAGUUCUUGCAACAGAAACAAUGCACCGCCAAGGUGCAGAGCCACGUCCGUAAGUUUCUUGCGGGAAAGAAGACCGAGAAACCGCUGGCCCUUCAGAAGCAACUGCAAGGGUACUUCGCAAGAACAAGCGAGAUGGACAUAGGAACGGAGGCGGAUCGGAGCCAAUUCUGCAGAAUUCUCGAGGAAUACGAGAGCAAUGAGGUGCACUCCGUUUCUAUUGCGGAAAAGGCAAGCCUUUUCCUCCAGCAGUGGGGCGAGAAAAUCCGACUGGAGACAGACUUGGCGAAAGCUUUGGCAGACACGAAGAACGCGGAAGCGGUCGCAGGAGGAAAUACAAACGAUAAAGAAGAUUCCGGCGAUGAAGUAACCGCUGUUCAGCAAGAGCUGGGCAUCGGGUCGCGGCUUCUGGAAGAGUUCGCGACGCUCCUAGCGAAGACGACAGACUUCAACACGAAUGUGUGCGACUUUCAAAGCCUCCGCAUCAAAGACGUCGAAGAGUUUGCAGCACAACACGCUGCGGCUUGCCGGCGGUACGAAGCAGGAAACACGCUGGCGCUCGCUCUGAAGACCGCCUUUCCUGCCUCGUUCAUCGACAUGUUUCAGCAGUGCAAGAGCCAAGAAGGAGACGACGACGAGACAACAGAAGACAUUAUUUCCUCCAUCGAGAAAAUAAACUUCGUCCAGACGUCCCUCCGUUCCCAACAACCUGCCCAAAAAGAAGCUUUUCACGAAGCCAGUUUAGUUGCGUUGGCAACUGCGACCGAGAGUGCGGAUUUGUCGAAGGAAAAGCGGGAGGAGGCGUGGACAAUGUUGUUCCACUUUGUGCUCAUGAAGGCGAAUUUCGGGAUUUCGGAAUUAUCAGAGUUCUUGUCUGCGUUGAGUGUGGCAUCUUCUACCUGCAGCGAAAACCACAUUGAUGAGCCGGCGGAGAUCGCAGAAGUGCUGGGAAAAAACGAAAAGCUCGCGACCUUUAUCGAUAAACUUCUCUUCGCCCCCUCCGAAUCGACAACAGCGAAGAAGCUGUCGCCUAGUGUGUCGCCGUCCAUGAUCCAGCAGAGCAGCGCUUACGGCUGCGCGAGAAACAGUUCGUCCUCAGCGGGUGAAGAUUCGCCGCGGAGUGUGCUCCGAGCGGAGACGAUCGAUGGCUUGAAGCAAUUGGGGAGGAUGGUAUGAUCUAUCGAGUGUGUCGAGGAAACUUGAGCUCUCUUCUUGCACUUAAGUAUUAUAUUAGAAAGUUUUCGACUUCGACUAUAUCAAAGUGAUGCCCUUGUCUGCGGUAUGUUUUCUUUCGAGCUACUCCAUUUUGGAAGGCACUGCCACCGGUACAAUUUUUCAUCGCACUCCAACAAGGUAUCCGAGCUUCGCUUUACCCUGACGGGGAAAACCAAGGGGACCGUGAGCAGCAAGUUGCAGACCUGUGUGAAUGGCACCACACAACUCGACACGGCACAAGAGGAAAAGGCGAAAAAACAAGGAAAAGCAGGCGGCUUUUUCGCAGAAGUGCUCGCUCUGCUAUCACGAUUGUGGCCUUCAUCCUCGUCGGCGUCAGACUCUGCACCCAUUUCCGACGCAGAGGCCGAAAUCGACGAGGAUGAUUCCGCCCGGGAGUCCAGCGAAGACGAAGAAGAUACUUUGGCCCACCAGGUAGAACCUUCGGGCUCAGACAUCAAAAUCUAGAUCUGCGAAUCGCCACGAUGUGACGUAUUGUAUAGUUUCAUACGGUUUGGGUUUUUAUAUAUACCAUCAAAUGUUAUCGCCGCAAUACAAAUCCUAAUCCAAAUUCUCGUAGGUACUAACUCGCAACAAUAUCAAUAUUUUAUAAAUAUAAGACUUCCGAUCCUGUACUAUAGUUUUUUGCAUUUCCUUAUUAUUUCCUCAUUGUUGUGAAAAUGGAUCCGUCAUUCAUCUCACAGAAGUCCUGGCUAGGGCUACUUCUUGUACUACCUACGAAUUGCAUCUCGACGCCGUUAAUACGUGCUCUCUAGACCGUAAUAGAGUCUGAGUCUGUGGUUCGUAGACGGAUUGUGAUAACGACCAUGGGACACGAAAAAGAAGUAUGCACGUCCAAUGGUGUCGGAGAAGGAGCAACUAUCUAAUUUAGCACUGAGUCGGAGCAAAAAACUAAAGACUGCCACCGGUGGGCCCUGUUGGGCUGUCUAUUGUGUUGUGAAUGAUGUCGACUUUGCGUUGAGCCGAAUCUUGAACCAAUGAUCGCCGCCUCGUGUAUUAUUUGCUGCGUGUGAUAUAAGCAUAAAAGCGUCAAACUGUCCUCGCC